AUGAAGUUCCAAUCAGCUAAAGCUAUUCAAGAGACGAUUCUGAGUUCCAAGUACUCCAUUAGAGACCAGUAUUCUAAAAUGGAUGAGACCUCAAAAAACAUGCAUUUAUCCCAAGAAAGAAACCAAUGUGGUGUAGUUUAUGAUAUGCAUAGGAAUGCUGUGAUUUUGGUAUGUCUUCGCAUGUUGAUCCGUAGGUUUGUUUACGGGAAUGUCAGCAAGGAUGACAUUCAUAAACUAUUUCCCACUGAAGUAUUGCCUGAACUACAAAGACUAUUGACGCUUCUGCUACAAAAGUUUCAACGAGAAUGGCGGGAUGAUUUACUCAAGGAUCAGGUUACUUUGCCCCGGUUGAAGGCAAUGACAUGGGACAGGGCAAAUCAGGAUGCUGAAUCAAUAGACCCUGUGGCUGUUAUCAAUUUGAAGCUUCAAAAUGAUGCACAGUCUCACUCAGGAGAAUUGGAUAUGAAGUUCCAAUUAGCUCAAGAUACUCUAGAGAUGAUGCUGAGUUCCAUGUACUCUAUAAGAGACCAGUUGCCUAACAUGAUUAGUGAUGAGACCUCAACCAGGCAUUUAUCCCAAGAAACCAAUGUGAUGUAG